GCUGGCCCUGCAGCCCCCGGCCCCGUCAGUCUGUGGGGAUCUCUCUCCCACAGUAAGGACAGCUCAGGGUUUGCAGCCCCUCCACUGGUGUCGCAGGGGGUGGCAGUGGUGGCGGUGGGCUACGACAUCGCCCCUAAAGGCCACAUGGACUCCAUGGUGCUGCAGGUGCGCCRCAGCCUCGUCUUCCUGGUGGAGCAGUACCCCAGGAUCAGAGGCAUCUACUUGUGCGGACACUCGGCAGGGGCCCACCUGGCAGCCAUGGUGCUGUCCACAGACUGGACGGAAUUCCGAGUGGUGCCAGAUAUCAAAGGAGCAGUGCUGGUGAGCGGYGUCUAUGACCUGGAGCCCAUCCUGCCCACCUAUGUGAACGAUGCUCUGAACAUGAGCAGGGAGGUGGCCCAGAGGAACAGCCCCAUCCGACAUGUCACCCCGGCAGGGCCAGCAGCCUGCGAGGUGCUCGUGGCUGUGGCCCAGCAUGAUUCCCCGGAGUUUCGCAGGCAGUCACUGGAGUACAGCCAGGCCCUGCGUGCAGCUGGCUGGUCUGUGUCUCUGCUGGAUCUGGCUGGUGUGGAUCACUUUGAUGUCAUUGAGAAGCUGUCAGAACACAGCUAUGUCCUCACUCAGGUGAUUCUGAACAUGAUUUUGAGAGCAUGAUGGCAUAUCAGGAGCAAACAGAUGGGGACCAUGGCACUGCGUGGUGGCAACAGCCAUCUGGCAUCCCGUGCCUGCUGCCUCCUCACUCCACACUGUCUCAGACCUGCCCUGUGCCUGCCCCAGGCCAGCCUAGGCUGGUGCCCCUUCCCUGGGGUGUUCUGCCUGCUGGAGCACAGGGGACUGAGGGCUGCAAGACUCUGUCUGAGCAACUGGAUCACAAAGUUUGUUCCCUCAGUAUCCUUUAAACUGCACACUGGCAAUACAAAAUAAAAUGGGAGCAGCAAGACAAUGACAGCCUGCCCGGUCUUGGCCACCUCC